UUCACACUUGCGAUAACUGCAAUCUUCAAGCUCUCAUUCUUUCUACUAACCACUAUUUCCAUUUAUUGUUCUGUGUUCAAAGAAACCACCAAAUCACACACACAAACACACACAUUUCACAUUUGAUCACUCAUUCAUAUCUUACCAUUUCUGCAAAUCUUUUUGAAUUUCCACAAGAUUUCUCAAUCAAUGGCAGAAAUGAAAGAUGCCCAUGUCGUCGAAAUCCCUGUCGACGAGGAGCAUCAACAGAAACUAAUAUCUGCCAUGAACACACUCUCUGCAAUCCAACACCACCCACUAAUGGAAAUCUCAGAGAGCCCAGGGCAUCUCUUGCUUCUCAAGCUCUGGCAGAGAGAAGAAGAUCUCUUUGGGCGACGAAUCGCCAUGAAAGAAACCCGAAUGGACUCAAUCAAGAGAGAGAUUUUCCAAUCCUGUUGCUUCUUCUUCCUCUUCCAUGUCUUUUUCUUAACCAUGUUGUUCAUAUCUUCCAUGAAUUCGGGAAAAAACAAGUGCCAUCAAUGGUGGGUACCGGCGUUUUUGUCAGUGUCCACUUCGCUUGUUCUGAUCUUCCUGGUUCAGGUGAAGCUUUGCAGGUACUGGAAAGUGGCUAACCAGUUGCAGAGAGAGAGGAGCGAUGGCCGGGCCGUCACGCGGUGCAUUCAGGAACUGAGGAUGAAAGGGGCGAGCUUUGAUCUGUCGAAGGAGCCAUCUAAUGGGAGGAGGAUGAAGAGCUCGAGUGUUGAGAUUAAAUGGAAACCAAUCACUUGGUGUUCUCAGAAUCUAAUUACUCUGUUUCUUGUUUGCUUUGCAGGUUUGGUCUUCCCUGCUAACAAGUUCAUCCUUUGCUAUUAGUACUACUACAAAUUUGGGAGUCUAAUCAGUUUCAAGUCUAUGUUGCAUAAAAAGGAUUUGGGGGGAGAGUUAGAAAGCAGUCAACAGAACAUUCUAUCAGGCCCAAGAUUCUAUCACUUGGUGUUAUAGUGACAGCUUAGACGACAAAUACAUGUUGCAUGCUCAAGUUUGAAAGCAGCCAAUUUGUCCGAAAGGAGAUGAAUUCGAGUUUGAAAGACUUUAAUCCCUACAAAUACAUGUUGCAUUCUCGAGUUUGAAAGCAGUCAAUUUGUUCGAAAGUAGGGGGGAUGAAAGGAGAUGAAUUCGAGUUUGAAAGCAGUCAAUUUGUUCGAAAGGAGGGGGGAUGAAGCAUCUUGGUCCGAUCGUUGCUUGAAUUCACCACCAUAAGCAGCGAAUCCUGUAACCUUAAGUAGUGUUUUUUUUGCCAAAUUAUGCUGUUGAUGAGAGGGUUUGUCGUAUAGAUUAGACAUGGAAGACCGGUCCAUUUUGCUGUUGAUGAUAUUCUCUUAUUGCAGUGUGAAAUCAAUCAAAAGAAACACUCCUUGUGUUCUAUGAGUUUGUCUUGUGUAGAAAGUCAUUGAACUAUCACUCCUUUGUGUUCUCUGAGUUGUCUAUGUUAUUGAGGCAAUCAAAUUUCUGGAAACUAGGUCUUUUUUAAUAAUAAAUUGAAUCUUUCUCAUUUUUGCAGAAUUUCAACCUUUCUCAUUUUUGCAGAAUUUCUCUUGUUCAUCAUUUAAAUAGAGAAAUGUAGAAUACAACAGAAUUGUAAUAAUAAGUACACAUUUGUCACAUUUUGUCACAAAUAGCGAGCAUACAAGGCAUGGAGUUGCAUAAGACGGACACGAUCAUAAGACAGACACGAGCACACGCACUGAAGGCGCAGAUUAACUUUUUCCCCAUUGUGCCCAGGAAGAAGUUAUGGAAGUCGACAAAAAACCCAAAAAUAAAAAUUAAAUAAACAA